AAAACUGAAUCGUUGACGUAGGAACACAACGGAGCUCUUGCCGCAAUCAUAACAUUCUGUUAUCGGCAAUAUGCUUAACGAUCACCAAGACGACGACUGCUAGAUUGUUAUCGUUUUCAGGACAAGAAACUUGUUAGACUUACCGCGUCUCCAUGCCAAGGUCAAAGCUGUUCGCGUGGUCACCCAACUAGUUAUUGGCCAGACCCAAGAGUGCUUAAUGCGCACAUCAUCCACUGCUCUGCGCCAUUGCUGUCGGCAUCAUUCACAGACCUACAGUGUUGAUUGGAAGCAUAACCUGCUCUUUGGUCAUGACCAACAUAACUUAAAACCAAGGCACUUUACAGGUGGUGGCAGAAGUGGGUGAGAAACGGGGCAGAGAUGUGUUGGGUGGAUGUAUGGAGAAGAGAGCAUUAGGCAUUUCUUCAAGUACGAAAAUGGAGUCGUCAGCAAAUCCUCUUGUGAGCUAUACUUCGCCUGCUGAUUCACCUGCAGUAUCUGAUCACUUUUCACAAAACACAUUACAUCAGUUAUCACCAAAUUCUAGUAAUGAACAAAAUAGAUUAUCCUCGAGAAGUGAUAGUGGUCUUCUAGAUAUUUCUGAAGAGAGCUCUGUGAACCCUUCUCUUCCACCUGAACUAGAAGAGUCAGAAUGUGCAGUGUUGCGUGGGGAUGCCAUUGGAAACACAACAUAUACUCACCGCUGGGUCUUAAAUACUCUCCUAAAAAUUACACAGGCUCUACCACAAUAUCUGAUGUCUGAGAAACCCGACGAAGAAACCAUGAGCACUUGCACAGAAGCUGCGAAUGAUGAAGUUAGUAUGCUAACCUCGGAAAUACAGCCUGAUGAAGAAGAUACAACAAAAAAGAAUGACAGUAUACUAGAGCUGGCAGAAGAUGUGGAGAAUGCUGCAUGCCAGCUGUGGGACAUGACUGCAGAGCCAGAUGUUGUGCAUUAUCUUUUGAGUUUAAGCGUUGUGGAUAUUUUGCAUUUGGCAAAGGAUGUCAUCACAUUGUCUCGUGCACCUAGACUUACCGAGGUUGUAGUGGGUGUUGUAGCCAACCUCUGCUGCCAGGCUGUUGGCUGUGAGAAAGUUAUUGGUCACCAUUCACUUCUCAACUCGUGUUUGACUCUUCUGCACACAACAGAUGAUGUACCUACCCUUAUUGAAGCUUUUAGACUGUUGAGACUCUUGCUUUGGCACUUAACGUACCGUGUGGCACCUCAAGAUCGUGCACUGAAUCCAGUCAUCCUUGCCCUCAAGAAUCACGAGUCACUCAAAGAGACACUAGUAUUUAUGUUAAAGAACAGCCUCAGUGACUUGUUCCUGAGUGCUCUCUCUCAGUUCCUUGAGGCACUAAUGUAUAUCUGGCUUCCUGAUGAUAAGUGCUACAUGGCUGCCUACUACUCGGAAUCAGGACUGGUUGAAGGUGUUGUUGAGGUAAUGAGACAUUUCUUAAAGGAAUGGAAAAAAAGUGGUAGCCAAGAACAGCCAGUUGUUGUUCAUCAAGGAAUUCUCAUCUUGUACAGCUUUGUGGCCACACCUGCAGCACAUAUUAUUAGUAGUUUUGAUCAGUACGAGUCUCUCCUCGAGCCAAUCUUAGUAAGCUAUGUAGAACACUUAGCCAAGGUGGAAAAUGUAGAGGUACUUUUGGAUGGAGAGAAUGCAGAGAGACUGACAUAUGCCUUGGGCCUCUACGAGUUACUUGUGCCAACCAUGCGACACCCAAAUAUACUGCUUACUGUGGGGAAACUGUUGGCCCUCACCCAUGGAGCUAGUCAUCACUACACUGCCAUUCAGAAUCAGACUUUGCAAGAAGCAGGAAUCCAAGACAAAGAUAAGAUUCAUAGUUUAAAAAUGCGUCGAAGGAGUAAGAGCAGGAGGAGUAGAAGCUCAAGUGGUGAAAUUAUGGAAACCGAGUUUCCUGGAGCAAUGAAAAAGAAGGAAAGAGAAUCAGAACAAGAAGUUAUAGUUAGCAGUGUUUCCACUAAAGAGACUGAGUGUAAAGAAGUAACUCAGAGUACUUCACAGAAUUUAAAAAGUGUAAACUUGGUUGACUCUACAAAUCCAAGUGAGAACUGUGAACGUGCCUUAUUUGAAAAGAAUGCAGAUAAGGAAAUUAAAAGUUCUAGCAGCAGUUUAGAUUUAUGGAUCUGGAAUAAAUUCAUUUAUAAAGAUGUUCCUGACAAGAAAAAGAGAAGUGCAAAACUGAAGAACACAGUCGAGAGCUUGACUGAUUAUUGUGUUCGAGUGGUUCGUUGCUGCCCUGACCUGUGUGCUGUGUUGACAGCCCUUAAUGAGUGUCAUGUUCAUGAAGUACAGCUGUUCUUUAGAGCUGUGCGUUCUCGAGAGCCUAAACUUGUUGGCCAACUUCAAGAGCAGUUGUUGGAUACAGGCUCUCACAAUCGCCUUGUAACCAUAUUAUCCGACAUGUACACAUGACAAAAUUUUAAUCUUUAAUUUAUGUAAUGGAUUAUUACAAAUAAAUUAGUAGUACUAUAUGAUAAUAUGCAUAUACAUAUAUCAUUGUACUACAUUGUACUACUUCCUUACUCUACAUUCUCCCAUCCAAACACCUUGAUUCUAGUUGUGAGUGGAUAUUUAAUGGUCAAAUAUUUGGUGGAAUUCCAACCCCCCCUCCCCCUCAGGCACAAAAAAUACUAAUUUUAUGUACUGUACAUAAUACAUUAUUGCAUCACUAGAUACUUUAAACAAAA